UUGCUAAAAAUGAGAAUGUAUUUGCAGGACAUGCUGUAGGGAUAAAAGAGUGAGACCUUGUGACUCCGAGAGAUUUGUAAAGAAAUAAGAACUGUUUCUUCUCAUUGACAUCGGGGACUUAUAACAUGGUGGAUGUUUAUAGGGACCCAUUAUUGCACUCAUUAUUUUUGCUCACUUAAGGCUCCAAUUGUUUCAAAAAAUAAUCCUAACUUCACAAUCAGCAGCAACAAAAGUUAUGAAGUAUAAGAAAAAACAAAUAGGCCAUUGGACUUAGUAGGUAGAAUAUGGACACCAUGAUGAAGGCAAUCAAGAAUUUACAAGACAGAGAGAGAGAGAGAGAGAGAGAGAGAGAGAGAGAGUUUCAUGCAAUGCUAAGCUUUUUCUUUUUAUCGUGAUCUUUACAUCCUGGCGUAUUUGUUUAUUUUAAUCAUUUUCACAUCUAGCUUAUCAAAAUAUUUUAUCAUUAUCAGUGAAGACAAUGUUGUGUGCUGUGUAAACUCGUGAUUUCCUUCAACAUUAUGUCCAUAUCUUACUUACAAGGCCAGAUACCUUGUUUGUUUUAUGUUACACUUUGUAACUUUUGCAGCUGCUCCUAAUUGUCAAGUUGGAAUUUUCUUGAAACAGUGGGGAGCCUUAUACAUGAGCAAAAAUAAUAGCUGUAACAAUAUAAAUCCCCAAUGUUAUAGAGAAGAAACAUUUCGUAUUUGUUUACAUAGCUCUGUGUGUCACAUGAUCCUGCCCUUUUAUCACUAUUAGCAAGUUCUGUAAAUAUGGUUUUAUUUUCAGCAAAUGUAUCCUCAUUUAAAGCUCCAUUCUGUUUAGGCACAUCUGCUUCUCUAUUAUUGUACAAAAUUGUGACAUAUUUCAGAAUGAAGAUAACAACAACAACAAGAAAAACAGCUAAAAUAUCUAAUUGAGAAGUCAUAAUUUAUUCUUCAAACAGUUGGAACCUUAUAUAAGCAAAAAUAAUAGAUGUUAUAAUAGUUCCUUAUAAAUGUGCACCUCGUUAUAAAUCUCAGAUGUUACAGAGAAGAAACAAUUCUUAUUUGUUUACGUCUCUCUCUAGGUCAUGUGGUCUCACUGUUUUAUUACCAUAACAUCUCCAGUACAUGCUUUCAUUUUAACCAAAAACAUCUUUAUUUAUAACUCCAAUCAUUUUAGGCAUAUUUGCUUCUCAUCUAUUAUCCAACAAGUAUAACAUGUUCAACAAGUAAGAUGUAGUGUAAGUUCACAUACUCCAUAUCAUGUAACACAGAUAUGAUAACAGUUUGAAAUUCUGUUUACAGUACAGAGUUGGAAGGGCACGAUAUAAUGAAAUCAAUUGCCUAUCAAUGUAUGUGUCAAGGUCUCACUGCAAUAUUGUGAAGAAAGACAAAGGAUUAUACAUAAUAGAUGGUGGGUUUCUUUAGAAUAAUUUGCUGUUUCACGGGUGCCUUGAAGGAAAUAAAAGAUUUCGAAAGUGUCUUAAUGACAACCGAUGGCCUCAUGUUGACAAGACAGCUGGUUGCCUUGCAGAGGGCAGGGCUUGACGGUCUGAACAUCAGCUUAGACACCCUGCAGUCCCAACACUACAACCAGAUCACGAGGAGGAAAGGCUGGGAGCGUGUCAUGGUUGGCAUAGAUCUAGCCUUGCAACUUGAAUACGACCCUGUGAAGAUAAAUUGUGUUGUAAUGCGAGGUUUUAAUGAAGAUGAAGUGUGCAGUUUUGUGGAGUUAACAAAAGAGAAAAAUGUUGAUGUAAGAUUUAUCGAGUACAUGCCUUUCAGUGGCAACAAAUGGAAUGAUGGGAAGAUGGUCUCAUUUAGUUAAAUGGUCCAAAUAAUUAGAAAGCAGUGGCCUAAUUUUGAUCCUCUGCCCAAUGGGCCCAAUGAUACCUCAAAGGCAUACCAUGUCCCAAGCUUCAAGGGACGUGUGGGAUUUAUUACCUCAAUGAGUGAACACUUCUGUGGCACGUGCAACUGUUUACAGAUAACAGCUCAUGGCAAUUUGGAGGUGUGCCUCUUUGGGAAUUCAGAAAUAUCUCUCAGAGAUGCAAUACGAAGCAAAUGCAGUGAGGAUGACUUGCUUGCCAUGAUUGGGGCAGCAGUGAGAAGAAAGAAGAAACAACAUGGAGGCAUGCUGAACCUGUCAAAGAUGAAGAAUCGGCCAAUGAUUCUUAUUGGAGGAUGUGGCCCUGAACUUGAUGGCUGUAGUGAUGUCGUGAAGGCACAAAGUCGGAAGUUGUUAAACCUUCAGAAACAAGAUUUUCAAAAGUACUUCUUCUCAGAUACCAAUAUUUCGCCCCUGUUUGUGUUGGAUACACAGAUGUCUCAGUUGUUGUCACGUAAUUUGAGUGUAGUGACUGAAUCUAGAAAACAGUUUCUUUUGCUUCCCUGUGCCCCAAGCAUUAUGUGCAAUGCAGGACUCCUAACAAAACAAACACACAGAGCACAGCCCUCUGUCUUCUCUUGCCGUUUCUGCAGUUUGGGAGCACAGUCCGAAAGUCGGACUCAUGUUGACCGGUCUGGCAGGGCGAAAAUGGUCAACGUGGGUUCGAAGCUGGUGACAGAACGGACUGCUACAGCACGAGCAAAGGUUUUUGUGGGACCCGAACUGAUGAAACUCAUACGAGAAAAUGGCCUGAAGGUACUUAGCGUUGCUCGCCUGGCGGGAAUUGUGAGGUCCAAGCAGACGUCCAGCCUUAUCCCUCUGUGUCAUAACAUAUCUUUAUCCUCUGUGGCUGUGGACAUUGAACUGGACUCUGCUCUCAACUGUGUGAUUAUAACUGGCACGGCAAAGUGUAGAGGGCAGACGGGCAUGGAGAUGGAAGCUCUCACUGCUGUAUCGGUGUCUGCCUUAACAGUGUACGAUAUGUGCAAAGCUGUGAGUCAUGACAUUGUGAUAUCUGAAAUAAUGCUUCUGGCCAAAAGUGGGGGAACUAGAGGAGACUUCCACCGGACAUGAGCAUCUGUGUGGGGCAGUGAAAUAAGUUGUAAUAUUUGACAUUGCAGCUUUUGAAAAUGGAGCAGGAUGUUGUGCCCUCUUUCCUAUUGGAGUGUUUCUCUGUGAUCAGAAUUGGAGGCAGACAAUUCACUUGAACUUCCAUUGCUGUUGUUGAUGUCUUUGAAUCAUGUUGUUUCUUUGUGAUUAAUAAAAAAAUUAUACAACCCAA